AUGGCCGUCUCUUUUCAGCAAUCUAGGGUUCUCAUCCUCGAUGGUGGUCUCGGCACCUCUUUGGAAGACAAGUACGGCAUCAAGUUCGACUCAGCCAUCACGCCUCUCUGGUCUACUCACCUGCUCGUCGAUGGUCAGGACACCCUUCUCGCCUGCCAGAAAGACUUUGGAGAUGUGCCCGUCGACAUCAUUCUCACUGCUACGUACCAGCUGUCCAUCCAUGGAUUUGCCAACACGCGCACUGCCCAGUUCCCCAACGGCAUCAACAAAGCCGCCAUUGGCAACUUUAUUCAAAACGCCCUUCGCAUCGCCGAUGAGGCAGGACGCUCGCAUGGAAGCAAGACGGCUCUAAGCAUAGGUCCCUAUGGAGCUUGCAUGAUCCCUGGCCAAGAGUACAGCGGCGCUUAUGACGCCGAGCACGAUUCCCUCGAGAAGCUGCGCGACUGGCAUGCCGAGCGGUUGCAACUCUUCCAAAACGCUGGUGCUUUCUCGCCCCCCGUCAGCUACGUCGCCAUUGAGACUAUCCCCCGCACCGAUGAGAUCAAGGCCGUGAGGCAGGCUCUGGACAAGACCCGGGUCUUGGCGGCCUCCGAGACUCCCAUUCCUUUCUGGAUCGCAUCCUUGUUCCCGAGAGAGGACUCUCUGCUGCCGGAUAGAUCUUCUAUCAAGGAGGCUGUGACGGCCAUGCUCAGCCGCGACGUUGCGGCAAGCCGUCCCUGGGGAAUCGGCAUCAAUUGCACCAAGGUCUGGAAGUUGGAGUCUCUGAUCCAGAGCUACGAAUCGGCUGUCAAAGAACUCAUCCAGGAGAGUGCCGUUGACGCCGCUCCGGCUCUAAUUGUCUACCCGGAUGGCACCAACGGUGAAGUUUACAACACGACGACUCAGAAAUGGGAGCUUCCUGAAGGAUCACAACACCCUACCACGUCAUGGGAAGCCCAACUCUCUCAAGUAGUUGCUAACGCCGAAUCUCGAGGAUUCUGGAAACAGAUUGUUGUGGGUGGAUGCUGCAGAGCAAGCCACGCUGAUAUUGCUCGGCUGCGAACUGCAGUAGAAGGCCUUUCUCGGUAG